AGGGCAUUAUAAAUAGGUUCAUAACCUAAGCCAUCCUCAAGCCAGAACAUACAGGCGAAGAAAUAGCUAGCCAGAAUGGAAAAUACAAAAAGCGAAUCAUACUUUGUUUUCAUGAAUUAUGAUCCUCAAUACGCUCGCCUUCGAUCUGAUCGAAAGAAAGGGACGUCAAAUGAGCUUGAUCUGUAUCUAAGCCGGAAGCAUGAUGAGCUAUUGGAAAGCACCCUUGAACCAGGAACUUACAGGAAGACAUUGUCUCUGGUUAUUGUUGAUGGUUUUGCUGUGGAAAUUACUGAGGACCAGGCAAGUAAGCUUAGAUCUGCAAAGGAAGUGAGAUUGGUGGAGAAAAAUCAAGAGAUUGCGUAACAAGGGGAAAGGCCAAGUUAAGUAGAGAUUAGUAGAGAUCCUUGUGAAUGUGAAAUGAUUCGUACGAGUUUAAAUGCUGGUAAUUUGUAUCAAGUAAGAUUUGUAUGAGAAGAGUUUAUUUAUGGGUUUGCUAUUAUAAUACCAUAUAAUAUUGUAGUC